UAUAACUAAACUCACCCAAACAAUAAAAAAAAGUAUGUCAUCAUUCCCAUUGGCCUCCUUUCUCAUCGCUCUCCUGUUGGCUGCAGCUGUCUGCACCCACGGACAAGUACCGGUGACGGACACGGACGGAAACAACGUUCGUAUCAAUGAACGAUACUUCAUCCAACCGGUCAAUACCGGGAUUAACGGAGGUGGUCUUAUCCCAGUUGCAGCUAUACUUCCCUCUUGUCCACUUGGCAUCACCGAAGCACUUCCGGGGGAAUCGGGCGUGCUGGUUAGGAUCGCAUUUCCACCGAGGUUGAUCCCUCCCCUGCUGCCACGCACCAUUGUCUCUACAAAUUCCGACAUAACCAUCGAGUUCAAGUCCAACAUCUGCAAUGGCAUCUCCAAGUUCUGGGAAGUCGAUGAAUUCGCACAGAAUCCCGACCAGGCUGAGAUUCUCAUCGGUGGUAACCGGAGGAGAGGAAAUAGCUGGUUUAAGAUAGAGAGAGCCGGAAAAGAAGCAGAAACAAACAUUUACAAAUUUACCACUUCUGCCGGAACCGUUGGAGCCAUCUCAGGGGCCUUCGACAGUCCACAACUAGUUCUCACCAAUGAUGUGGCUAAGACCAUAUUCGUCAAAUUCAUCAGAGAUGUUACUACCGUUGUUACUUCUGCUUCUCGUGUUGAAAAGUAAUGACUAAGGAUGAUCCCAUUUUGUUAAUCGCGAAGACCUUGUAAUGUAAAAGCCAAAAGACUCGGUCAAUGGCCAAAUAUAAGGGGUUGAGAUUAAUACUG